CAUAUUGGUGGAUCACCCAGAAAUAGAUGUUUCUGAUGUAUUAAAAUUAUCAAAAUGUAGGGUUGGUUUGACGUGUCCAAUAGUGGCAGCGUGUCCAUCAGCAGCCACGCGCCCUUCACGUCAAAAUGUCCUUGAGUAAAACACUGAACCCUCCAAUCCUCUCUUCUGUUCACAGGUAUAGCGACCUCUCACCAUGCAGCACUACGGGGUGAACGGCUACUCUCUGCACGCUAUGAACUCCCUGAGCGCCAUGUACAACCUGCACCAGCAAGCCGCGCAACAGGCACAGCACGCGCCCGACUACCGGCCGUCCGUGCACGCGCUCACACUGGCAGAGAGACUAGCCGGCUGCGCAUUUCAAGACAUCAUUUUAGAGGCUCGCUACGGCUCUCAGCACCGCAAACAGCGCCGGAGCCGCACGGCCUUCACGGCACAGCAGCUGGAAGCGCUGGAGAAGACUUUCCAGAAGACCCACUACCCGGAUGUGGUGAUGAGGGAGCGGCUGGCCAUGUGCACCAACCUGCCCGAAGCCCGCGUGCAGGUUUGGUUCAAGAACCGCAGAGCCAAGUUCCGUAAGAAGCAGCGCAGCCUCCAGAAAGAGCAGCUUCAGAAGCAGAAGGAGGCAUCAGGGGAAGGAGGAGCUGAGAAGGAGGAUGCACCUCCCUCCACCACCAUCCUCCCUGACACCCAACUGCCUCCCCCAUCCUCCUCGUCCUCCUCCUCUUCUCUGGAGACAGAAGGUCCUGUGGUUCGUCCCGUGCCGCUGGACAUGGAGCUGAACGUCACGUCAGCAGAACACUCUGGCAGUGAGUCAGCGACGGAGGAUAAUGCCACAGACAAGGAGGACGACACUAAAUCUCAGAGAGAUGAGAUGAAGUGUGAGAGAGCCGUGACACCUGGAGAUGUCUCCCCCACUUGCAAAAGACUCAGCCCUAAACCAGACUCUCCGCUGGUCUCUCCGUCGGUGACCCCCUCAUCCUCCAGCAGCGGCCUGGCCGGCAGCGGUCCUCUCUCUCAGAGCCACUCUUACUCUUCCUCCCCUCUCAGCCUGUUUCGUCUGCAGGAGCAGUUCCGUCAGCACAUGGCUGCCACCAACAACCUGGUGCACUACCCUGCUUUUGACCUCGCUGCCCCAUCUUCACUCCCCUAUCUGGGAAUGAAUGUUAACAUGCCCCCUGCACCGCUGGGCUCUCUGCCCUGCCAGUCUUACUACCAGUCCCUGUCUCAUCAUGCCCAGCAGGUGUGGAACAGCCCGCUGCUACAGGCAUCGGCUGCAGGCGGCCUCACAAGCCACAACAGCAAGACCACCAGCAUUGAGAACCUGCGUCUGAGGGCCAAACAGCAUGCUGCCUCUCUUGGACUGGACACAAUGACUAACUGA